CUCGGGCAAAUAACGUGGCCUCCCCCCAAGUCACGUGAGCCGCCUCCUCCCCCCCCCGAUCGUUGGUGGCUCGGUCGCACAGAACAGGGAGGAGGAGGAGCGGGAAUUUCCGCCGAGCACGCGCUUGCGUGCGUCACCCCCUCCCGAGCCGCGCGCCGGCUGCGUUUCCAAUCCAUUCAGUUCAUUCAACCGCCACCUCGAGUGACCGGUGGCUGGUCCUCCUCGUCUCUCUCUUGGUUCCGUCUGACCGAGGCUGGAAAAAAAGGCUUAAAGUAUGAAUUAUGUGGGACAGCUUGCAGGACAGGUUCUGGUUACUGUUAAGGAACUGUACAAAGGAAUUAAUCAAGCUACGCUUUCAGGAUGCAUUGACGUAAUUGUAGUUCGGCAACAAGAUGGUACAUAUUUGUGCUCACCAUUCCAUGUCCGAUUUGGAAAGCUUGGUGUCUUGCGUUCCAAGGAGAAAGUGAUUGAUAUUGACAUUAAUGGAGAAGCAGUUGAUCUUCAUAUGAAACUAGGUGAUAAUGGAGAAGCUUUCUUUGUGCAGGAAACAGAAGAAAAAUUUGAAAGAGUUCCUGCACAUCUUGCAACGUCUCCAAUACCCACAGAAGACCAGUUCUUCAAAGAUCCUGAUGAUCACUUGCUGAAGUCAGGUGAAAAUGAAAGGACACGCUCAGAAAUACCACAGAUUGUGGAAGCAGAGCCUUUUUUCCCCUCUGGGUCAGUGAAGAAGAAAAAGCGGAGGAAAAGAAAGUGUAAACAAGAUGCCAAGAAGGAAGAUCAAAUCUCUGCUCCUGGAAAUGAAGAAGUUUUUGAAAUGGAAAUAAGCUCAGAUGAUGAGAGAAGUAUUCAGUCUCUGAGGAGCCCAUCAGAUUCUCCCCCAAAGGAUGAAGAGUAUAAAGAAUCAUUGAUUUACCAUUCAAAGGACCAUUAUCCUUUAUCAGAUGGGGACUGGUCUCCUUUGGAGAAUCCAUUUAACCAACCAACUUGUCCUAAAAGUGAUUCAGAACUCGAAGUUAAGCCUACAGAGAGCUUACUCAGAGCAGAGUCUCACAUGGAAUGGACAUGGGGAGGGUUUCCAGAAUCUACCAAGAUAAGCAAAAAAGAAAAACUGGAACAUCCUAGAACAGUUACCAUCACUCCAUCAGAGAAUACUCAUUUUAGGGUAAUAUCCAGCACUGAUGCAGUUGAAGAUGAUAUUUUGGUGAAUGAUUCUGUCUGUACAGUACUAAAACCUGAACCAAGAACUCAUCCUCUGCUUAAGGAGCUAGAUAUUAAAGAGAGGCUUGCUUCUGCAACCACAGAACCUGUUUUGGAAAUACUUCAGGGUUCAUCAGCAUUAGAUUCAGAUGCUCUCCCCAGUCCAUUGAUGGAUUCUCCAUUGGAAACUAAACCGCCAGCAAAACUAGAUUCCCCAUCAAAGAAAAAAGGGAUACAUAAGAGAAGUCAGCACCAAGGGCCUGAUGACAUAUAUUUAGAUGAUCUGAAAGCUCUGGAACCUGAAGUUGCUGCUCUUUAUUUUCCCAAAAGUGACUCUGAUCCAGGUACCAGACAAUGGGUGGAGUCUGAUACCCUCUCUGGUUCUCAAUCUCCACAAUCAGUGGGAAGUGCUGCUGCAGAUAGUGGUACAGAGUGUAUGUCUGAUUCUGCAAUGGACUUGCCUGAUGUCACGCUAUCUCUUUGCGGAGGUCUUAGUGACAAUGGGGAGAUAUCUAAAGAAAAAUUCAUGGAGCACAUCAUCACUUAUCAUGAAUUUGCUGAAAAUCCAGGACUUAUAGACAAUCCUAAUCUGGUAAUAAGAAUAUACAACAGGUAUUAUAAUUGGGCAUUGGCUGCUCCCAUGAUUCUCAGCUUGCAGGUGUUCCAGAAGAGCUUGCCACAGGCUACAGUUGAAUCCUGGAUUAAAGAUAAGAUGCCGAAGAAGUCUGGAAGAUGGUGGUUCUGGCGUAAGAAGGACAGCUUGGUUAAACAGCUUCCAGAGUCUAAGGAGGGAAAAUCUGAGGCUCCAAAAAGUGACCUAUCAACAGCUACAAAGGAACAAGUUGAAAGCCGGACUACAGGUGAUGAUUCUUCAAGUGAUGAUGAAGCAUCACAGGAAUGGAAAGAAUCCUUAAAAAUAGAUUCUGCUUCACUUCCAAGCCAUGGGAAUGCUGCUACUUAUAAAAAAUCUCUUAGGUUAUCUUCAAAUCAAAUUGAAAAACUGAAGCUUAGAGAUGGCCCAAAUGAUGUUGUAUUCAGCAUUACAACCCAAUAUCAAGGAACUUGCCGUUGUGCGGGGACAAUAUAUCUGUGGAACUGGAAUGACAAAAUAAUUAUUUCUGAUAUUGAUGGGACAAUAACCAAGUCUGAUGCUUUAGGGCAGAUUCUACCACAGCUCGGCAAAGACUGGACACAUCAGGGUAUUGCAAAACUCUACCAUUCUAUUAAUGAGAAUGGCUACAAGUUUCUCUACUGCUCUGCUCGUGCCAUUGGAAUGGCAGACAUGACAAGAGGGUACUUACACUGGGUUAAUGACAAAGGAACAAUCCUGCCCAGGGGUCCCUUGAUGUUAUCCCCCAGCAGUUUGUUCUCUGCUUUUCACAGGGAAGUGAUAGAAAAGAAGCCAGAGAAAUUCAAAAUUGAGUGUUUAAAUGAUAUCAAGAACUUAUUUUCACCAUGCGAACAGCCUUUCUAUGCUGCUUUUGGUAACAGACCUAAUGAUGUGUAUGCCUACAUGAAAGUUGGAGUUCCAGACUGCAGAAUAUUCACUGUCAACCCAAAGGGUGAACUAAUCCAGGAACAAACAAAGGGAAACAAAUCUUCAUAUUACAGACUGAGUGAACUUGUAGAACACGUGUUUCCACUUCUUAAUAAAGAACAGAGCUCUGCUUUUGUAUGCCCAGAAUUCAGCUCCUUCUGCUAUUGGCGAGAACGGCUUCCAGAAGUGAACAUAGAAGACUUAGCUUGAACAGCAUUGAUCACACACAACCUCUUUCUGGGGAGGCCACUUUAUCCUUUGGUAUUAUGUGUCUUAUUAAAUACAGGAAGUGCCAUAGGUUUGGCACAAACGAAUGAAAUGCAAGGCUGAUCUCUCUUUGUUCUUUUAAGAUGUUCUUACUGUUUGAUUUAAGCCAUUGGAAAGAUAACUUGUCAUCCAGAGGAUAGAGGGCAAAAGGUGGGAAUUUAGUUGCAGAUUUGAUUCUCCAUAUAUACAAACCUCAGUGGAUGUGUGUGAUGUUUUGUAUGUUAGUCUCCUUAAUAUAUCAUCUUAAAGGAAAACUGAAAAAGUAUGUAAAACUGAUAGUAGAGACUGUGUUAGGGCCACUACAUUUAGUACUUAAAACAACACUUAGGCUAUUUGAGAUGCAAUGCCUGAGACUUUCAUUAUUCAGUUAUUUAAAAAGAAUUUACCAGUUAGUGUGUAAUGAUCACUCUCAGUUUUGGUACAGUUUUAGAGAUGUGAGGGUUGCAGUGGAAAUGGUACUUAUACUCAUGGCUUCAUUGCCUUUUUUAUGUUUCAACUACAUUUUGUCUGGGUAAUGUAUAGAAUAGUAGGCAACAUCUACAGAAAAUAUUCAGGGAUAAACUCUUGUUUUAUAACAGAACUAAUAUAUAGUCAAAUCUUUAAAACUGGAAUUACUAUUAUGCCUUUCCAGAAGUCUCUAUCAGAGUUUUUCAGUUCGACAAAAAUGAUACAGGACAAUGGGAUCCAUGUGAGAAGUACUGUAUCGGGUAUUAAACAUCAGUUCUGUUUUGACAUUUUAUGUGUUAGCUCCACAGUGGAUCCAAAAACAACUGAAGUCCUGAUUUCAGUACCCAGGUGUCUCACGAUCUUUCAUCUGCCCCCACACCACAAAAGUGGUAGUUGAUCAUAAUGUCUGUAAACAAAACAGUAUUUUUAGCUAGUUCUCAAACUGAAAGGGUUACCAUUUUUUAAUCAUCAUAACUUGAAGUUAGUAAAGUCAAAUCUCAAGAAUGGGCAGUGGCUAGUGCUUUUCCUGGUCACCUGAAUCAUCCAUGUAAAUGUAUCAACAUUUUGUAUUCUCUGCCAGGUAUGGACUACUAAAUUUAAUCUACAGGUUUACUACUGAUGCUGGUAAUGUCAGCUAUGGUAGUAGUGGUUAAGGACUAAAUGCUGUGCUCUCAAUGAAAACUUUGCCUGUCUUAUCAGGAAGUUUUACAACUAGCGAUUUGCUCCUUAGUGACUUUGUACAGGAAAAAUAUUUGAGACAGAACAGUUAACUAGAUCAGCAGUACAGUAAGUGUAAUGUUAGAAAAAUGCUGGACAUUGAAAUUUCUAAUGAAACAGUGAUCGGACUGUAUUCUGUCAAGUGUUUUGAAACUACUUUCCAAUUAGACAUUAAUUUAACGAAAUAACAGAAUAUUUAACUCUUCAAGCAUUACGAAGUACAAAUUAUAUGGCUUUAGUAAGUCAAAGCCUGCUGUUCUGGAUAAAAUUUACUCCAGUGUAUAGAAGUUGGUUGUCAUAUUACACUGUAUUGUGUAAAGCAUUCUGAAAAUUUGAAAUAUCCUAGAUUAAAUUCCAUUUUGAGUUGAGUGUUUCACAUUCUGCUCUUAACCUGUUUCCUCACCCUCUUCAUUCUGAGGUACAGUAAGUUAUUCCAGACUUUUAGUAAUACUUAAAUUCAUCUUGACAGGUCAUCUUGCUCCUCAUAAAGCAUCAGUACUGUUAGGUGAAGUGAAUAUUUCUGUCAGUGUUUGGAAUGGAGAGCUGUGUGCUGCUCUUGAAUAUUAAGAAUUCCCAAAACUUCUGGAAGAAUUCCCUUUCGUAAUUGUAGGCAGAAAAAAAAUCUGUUUGUAUGUUUGAUGCUGAAGAGUGCUCUUGGGUCACCUUGAUCCAAACUCUCCCUUCAUUUGAACUAAAUAUGCACUUCUUAAAAUGGUAUGUUGUUGUUUUUCUGUUGGUCUCAAUUUGGAUAGCACUAUGCAGAUGAUUACAUAAUAAGUUUGGAUUUUACCUCAGUGACUCUAGAGCAGCUCAGUAGUAGAUAGUACCCCACUAUAGCUGUCUGCUUGAGCUCCUCUUUGAUCUGUUUCCUUGCUGUAGUGGAAAUGGAUGGUUUGGAACUGGUAUUGGGAAACAAAGCUUGCCCUACAUCUAUUUCAGAUCAGCAGAAGUUAUUUAGUUCUUUCCAUGAAAGAGAUAAACAUUUGUGUUUAUGAACAAAGAACCUUUUAAAGGCUAUUUCUGAAUAUGCAUUUCCUUUUAUUUUGGAAGUGUAUUGGACAGCUUAUGCUGCACCUCUCAAAUCAUUUACUUGGAAAUUGUCAUAUAAAAACAGUACAACAAUUUUAAAGAAAGGAGCUGGGAAAUCGAAGUCUGCACUAAUAUUGGAAUAAACAAGGAAAACUACUUAUUAUGCAAGAAAACAAUCAGUUGUUUUGUAGUGCAGUGUAAGGUUCUGGAUCUCGUUUCCUUGAUACAUUAAGACUAGUAUUUGGAGGAGAGAACAUAUGUGUGUGUUUGUGUGUGUGUGUGUGUGUGUGUGCACAUUUAAGUGCAAAAAUAUGUUUUAUUAAGAAGAGCAGAUGUGAUUCUUGAAAUAUCACUCUAUUGCUAUUCACAUACUGUUUCAAGCAUUGUGUCCUCAUCUGAAAAACUCAACAUUUAGUUAAAUUACCUAACUUGGCAUUGGGAAAUUUGGAAAUGGAUUCAAUUUAUGCAAACAUGACUGAGCAAUGUAGGCUGAUAACUGAAGUUCAAAAUAUCUCAAGCCUUCAAAGCAAGAUAGAUGUAUCAGAAUGAAUAUGUUUCAGGUAGCCUAUCAGCAAAAUUUUUGAUAGACCUUUUUUUUCAAGAGGGGGACAGAGCUACAUUUUGGUUGGUUUUGAAUGCAAGGUUGGAGAGAAUUCUACAGUACAUUCUAUCUAAUUGUGUUAUGAACAAUUUUUGCUUUGAUACAUAGCUUCAUUCACUUUUUAAUCAUUGAACAUUCCAGUAUAGUGUUCUUUUGUAAAGUCUUACCUGUUAGGAAAAAAUAUCACUAUCCUAUGUUUAAUAAAAUUGACAAUAAAAUCUCA